GCUGUUUUUCGUUCGAUUAAUCCAAGACGAAUUACUCCUGUGGUACGUCGGGUCGCGUCGCAUCGCGACGUCUUUCGUACGUUUCUUUUCCAUAUACAACGCUGAGGGAAGCGCGACACCGAGUAACAAGGGUGAAAACAAGCAUAUAACGCGAAAAGAUCUACGAAAAGAACAAAGAUGAAGAAGAUAAACGUUUUCCUGCUUAUCGCUUUCAUGCUCGUCCUGAUCACCGUCAGGGACACCGAAAGCAAAAAAAUGACUAUAGACGAGGCCAAGAAGACCAUUAAAAACUUGAGGAAAGUUUGCUCGAAGAAGACAGACGCUCCGAAAGAACUUUUAGAUGGUCAACACAGAGGCGAAUUUCCAAAGGAUGAAAAGCUAAUGUGUUACAUGAAAUGCAUACUAACCUCGACAAAAACUAUGAAAAACGACGAAAUAAUGUACGAUUGGUUCAUAAACAAUGCUCGUCUCAUGUUGAUCGAAGAAUAUGCUACCCGAGUUCAACAUGCGGUGGAAUUGUGUCGGAGUACGGUGACGGCUACGGAGGGAUGCGAGCUAGCGUGGGAGUUUGGCAAAUGCAUCUACGCGACGGAUUCAGAGCUCUACCUGGCACCGUGAACGAUUCGUCUAUGACGAAAUUACAGAAUGAUCGGAUAAGCAAGAGGAGUGCUCAAGCAUCGGUUUGUCGUCGUCGUCGUCGUCGUCGGCGUCGUCGUGCUCAUCAAAAAGCGGUUAAACCUGGCUGCAGAAAUUCAAAGACUAAACCAUACUGUAAAAGAUAUUGAUAAAUCAAUCGACGGUUAUCGCCGAUUAUUAAACUAGACAUUUUACCACAACGUUACGAUCGAUUAAAUUGUAUCCUACACUUA